AUGACGGCACAAGACGGAGAAUUCGAGCUGCACGAUUUACUGGUCCAGGUGAUAUGCCCCCCCGGCGAGCCCAUCUACUGCGGCGCCAAAGAAGGCGAUCAUUUCUUCUUGCGAGGGGAAAUGCUGUAUCUCCCUAAAGACCAGGGUUUCAGCAUUUACAGCUUGGCAGCGAUAUUGCCCCUGUUGCCCGCGAAGCAACGUCCGACCCAUCGCAACGACUGGAUGUCGACGGACGCGAUUGUGGCGUGUCCAGAUCCGAACUGCAAAUCUCAACUCAAAAUUACGAGGAUAGGGUCCAGGACGUUUAAUCAUGCGGAAACGACGGCUGUGCCGUUGAAUUGA